AUGACACCCAAUUCAUCGUUACGGCGGCAACGCAAAGUUGUCAUCACCACUUCCCCCGCUCCUUCAGACUCUGAUUCACGCCGCGACUCCUACUUUUCAGAAGCCUCCCAAUCAACAGCACCUACAUCCUACCACUCAGCUUCUGGAUCAAACAACAAGACCCUUGAUGGAUCUCAACAUCGCCAGCCGACGGCGCCCAUGAAGGUACAAUCAGCUGCUGAGCGAAGAUUCGACACUGAAUCUUCUUCUUCCAUCGCUACAUAUGACUCGGUACUGUCUGAGAUGGCACCCUUGCGUCGGGACUUGCCUGUAGGCGGAGAGGAAGCACAAAUUGAAACUGAAGAUGAGGAGGAAGAGGAAGAGGAAGAGGAAGAGGACGAGGAAAGCGGCGACGACGAUGACGAAGACGAUAGGGAGGAGGGCCAAGAGGAGGCAGAUAAGGAUUAUAUCCUGUCCGAUCCGGAAUCACUUCAUAUUCCCCCAGUGCUGCCACCUUAUCGCGGAACCUCCAACGAACGCCCCUGUCGGCCAUCUACGCCUCAAGACUUUGCUCGCCUCUUUCCUUCGUUGGACCGACUCGCCGUACGCCAUGACGAUUGUACCUCGGACGGUAACAUGAACCUUCGUGUCGAUACUGUUGUCCCCUUCGGACAUACUCGACGGACACUUGCUGUCCAGCUAUUCCAUCUUCGAAUGCACGACCUUGCUCGCCGAGAGUUCUCAGUCCGCCGUUAUUGCCGUGAUUCUGGACGAGAGGUCUGUAAUUCCAAGCGAGAGUAUGCCCCAGCACCUAUCAACACCGUUGCUGCAGCACGCCCAGCGCUUCAGCGAUCGAUGAGCUCAGCCAUGCGUACAAUGACAACCCCAUUUCACCGACCGACCUCCAGCAGCUCUUCUGUUUUCAAAAACAGCAAUACCGCCAGCGCCUUGACACAUUCUGACAACGCUUCCGUCUGGUCUGGCUCUCAUCACACAGAGAAGUCGGAUUCACAAACUUCCAAACCCAAGGCACGAAUGGUCCCCACCAACCGCAUCAAGCUCGAGUUCAGCAACUAUGCCCGUGUAGACAUUGCACGACGGGGUGGGCGCACAAACAAACGAUAUGAGUUUGAGUGGUGGGGUCACACAUACGCCUGGAAGCGUGUGAUUGACAAGAAUCUCAAUGUCGUCUCAUUCCAUCUUGUUCGAGAUGGUCAUGGUGCACCUGUGGCUCAUAUCGUUCCUGAGAUGCGCAGUCCCAACCAAGUCCUCGACGACGAAAUAGCCGGUGCUUGGGUCACUCCUUGCUAUAUAUGGAUUAGCGACAGCAGCAUUAUUGAUGCAAUUACAGACGUGGCUGAUGUAAUUAUUUCCACUGGCCUCAUUUCCCUCGUUGAUGACUGCAUCAAGGAGCGGUGGCAAGUCAAGAAGCCUUCACACCGUGCCAUUCGAAGGGACACUGGCAAUGUACACUCCAAUCCCCGCUCUUUCAUGCCAAGCUUCUUUCAUCGUCGCCAUUCUGAAGAGCACUCGUCGAGCCGCGGCUCAUUAAGAUUUGGUCGCAAGCCUGUCGCUGCAUAUUGA